AUGGGUGCGCGAGAGGACGCGAGGAGCGCACCUCGACGUGGGCACCGCGUGUCACGCAAUGUAGUGCAAUCGCUUAGCCUUGUGCUUUUUGGGCUGCUGCUGUCCCAGUAUGCGUACCUUAAGACGAUGUUUGUCCUCGUGACGCAGUCAGCGCAGGAUGUGCUCCCGGACUGGUACAUCCGACCUGCGGCGGACAUGCACUGCACGCCGAUUGAAAGUGAGUUUGUCGAGGAUGCGUACGCGUACCUGCGUGAUCCGUUGACGGGCCGCCCAGCGCAGACCACGCAGUCGUGCGAAGAUGUUCGAUUGGUCCCUUCGCAUGGCAUAGCUUUCCUUUCCUGCGACCCUGGCCGGAUAAAGUGGAAUACGUUCAUGGGCCCGUUGGCCCACCCCGAGUACCAUGGCGCACUAUGGCUUUUGCACUAUGAUCGUCCCUCCGCGCCGCAUCCGUUGCCUAUCGAUGGCUUCCCGGCAGAAGCCGACUUCCACCCCCUGGGCCUCGGCGUGCAUGUGGACGAGGCAGAGCAUGUGCGUCUGUUUGUGCUAAACCAACGCGGUAUCGCUACGACCGUAGAAGUCUUGGACGUGCACAACGUCGAUGGCGCAUGGCGUGCGACGUAUGUACGCACCGUCGCCCACCCACUCGCUACGCAUAUGGGCAACAGUGUUAAGCCACUGAGUCGUACAUCUAUGCUCAUCACGAACACACACGUCGUAGCGCUCCGUGCGCCGCCCAAGGCCUGGUACAAACGCACAUUGGAGGGGCGUCUUGGCUCCACGUGGGCCUCGUAUGUCUACCCAUGGCUCAUGCAUCCACGCUGGCAGCGCAUAUUCCAGCGGCUGGACGAAAUUGUGGGUCUCGGGUGGGUCGCUCAUGUGACGUUUACAGAGGAGCGUACGUCGGACGACCUGCCAGGCUGGGAACAGGGCGUGACAACGCGCGCCAUCGCGAGCAACAUUGCCUUUGCCAAUGGGAUUGAGGUCACGCCGACGCACAGCGCCAUGGUCGUCGCUGCGACUGUGGGCCCUGGCGUGCUUGUGUACCCGAUCAAGGCACACAUGGCCGAUGGGACGCCGAAUUGGACGUCGCCCAGUCUGUUUGAGGAACGGGUGUUUGUGCCUAUGCCGUUCUUCCCAGACAACAUGGACGUGAUGCCCGCAACUGGUACGCCAGCGGACCAUGACCCAUUGCAAGGCGCCUCGAUUCUUGUCGCUGGCCAUCCAUCGCUACGUGACUUGACGCGCAUGAUCCACGAACGCGAAGCCGCGCCGCUGGCCCCGAGCUGGGUCGCGGAGAUCGCGUACACUGGCCGCCCACGUAUCGAGAAAGACGACGAAGGUGUGCCUGUCCCCACACAGCAGCGCUCCAUGCCGCCGCCGCCUGGAUGGCGCGUACGUACGUGGCUCCAAACGAAUGGACGUGGCGGCGUGGUGAAUGGCCAGGCACUCACGCUUUCUGCAAGCACAGGCAUAGGCUGUGAUCCAGCGCGGCACACAUGUAUUAUGACAGGAUUGUAUUGGCCGACACCGAUAGAGUGUCGUGGUAUGGAGUACAGGUAG